AUGGAUUUCACCACCUCGCAUAGGCCAGAGGAACCGUCAGCUGCCCAUCUCAACGGAGCAUCGACUACAGAGAGACGCUCGAGCGUGAGAACGUUAAAUGAGAAUGUUGAACUACGAUCAGACAUUUGCGAUCAGCUACAACAGAAUUUGGGACAACUGCCGGAAACUGAUCAGCUCAUUGUAAGGCAAACGUGGGCUGCUUUCGCCGCCGCAUCACCAAGACUCCGUUGUUUUAUGCUAGGAGGCUUACUGGCUCAUUGCGACCUUUCACAACUAUCCUUUCUCGCUCAGAGCCUAAGUUACCUAAUUCGCAUCGAUUUUUUAACGGCUCUCCCACGUGAAUUGGCAUUCAAGAUUCUGUCAUAUCUAGACGCUCAGUCGUUAUGUUAUACCGCUCAAGUAUCGAAAUUAUGGAGAUGCUUGUCGGAUGACGAUAUCAUCUGGCAACGGAUGUGCGAACAACAUACUGAUAAGAGAUGUGCUAUAUGUGGAUGGGGGUUACCACCGUUGGGGGGACGACCGACUCCAUGGAAAUUUAUAUUCGCUAGUCGGUUAAUAGUGGAACGUAAUUGGCGUAAAGGGCGAUUCAGAGUCAGAGUAUUAUCAGGACACACAGAUGGAAUAAUGUGCCUACAGAUGGAUAACGAGUUUUUGAUCACUGGUUCGUACGAUCAAACAGUACGAGUAUGGAAUGUCCAAACAGGUCGGCUUCUCCGAAUACUAACCGGCCAUUCCAAAGGUGUUCGAACGUUACAAUUUGAUAAAAAAAUUCUAAUAACCGGAUCUAUGGAUAAUACAUUACGAGUAUGGGAUUAUCAUACUGGGCAAUGUAUAAGAAGGCUUAGUGGCCAUACGAGCUCUGUGGUUAGCCUUCAUUUUGAUGAUAAUAGACGACUUGCCAGCGGAUCCGCUGAUCAUACAAUCCGAGUAUGGGACUUUAAUGCAGGAACAUGUUUCACACUCACUGGGCAUUGUGAUUGGGUUAAUAGUGUGAAAAUUUACAAAAAUCAAUUGUUCUCGGGUUCAGACGAUACAACUAUUCGGAUUUGGGAUUUGGAAACAAGAACUUGUGUGCGCACGUUGGUUGGACAUGUUCAGUCAGUUCAAUGUAUUCAAUUAGCACCGGCAUUAGCAUUCUCCAACAAGUUUUCCAGAUCGCCCGUUCAACACAUGCUGUCCGUAGGGAAUCAAUCAAACGAUGGUCCGGAAGCAGACGCUUCUCCAGUACUUGUCUCUGGAUCGCUUGAUAACUCAAUUAAGGUUUGGGAUAUCCAAACCGGCGCGUGUUUGCGAACUCAAUCUGAACAUAUGGAAGGUGUGUGGUCUCUGGCUGUUGAUAAAUUAAGAAUAGUUAGCGGAGCACAUGAUAAAACGGUCAAGAUCUGGGACAAGGAUACGGGAGAGUGUUUGCAUACACUCACUGGACACGAAGGCCCAGUGACAUGUGUCGCAUUGGGAGAUACGAAGAUCGUUACCGGAAGCGAUGAUGGCAAAAUCAGACUAUGGGAUUGUUGUAGGAAUUGA